AGGCAUUUUAAACUCGUCUGUUAUGUACUCAAUUGGACCAUGGCUUGUCUGCCUCUUGAUCACCGCGGGAUCCCUUCUUCAAGUCUUAGAUGGUUCGUUGCACCACUGGAGAGAAGGUGAAGCACCAUCAUGCGAACAACUAAGAGCAUUUUGGGACAUUAUUAGCCGAACAGUAAGAAUGAGUGAAAUAACGAACGAAAUUCCAGUAAUUCCAAUGGAUUUCUUCUCUUCAUUUGAUCCUCAACUACAAUUAACAAGCCAAAGGAGAAAACCAAUGAAGAACAGUAUCAUAAAUGUGGAGCCAUAUAUUUCCAAAAAUAUCCAUAAAACUCAGUCACGCCUUAAGAAUGGUUUUGAAAUGCUCAGUCCCCAUGAUGAUCAUCAGAUCACGUCCAAUAAUGACCUGAAAGGAGUAUUUGGAGAUUUCCAUUCUCUGACAGAGGUACCUUCAUCUGUAGAUUCUCAGUGGCAUUCCGAAUCAGAGGCACCAUUCAUGGGCCCAUCAUCUGUGAUACCCGGAGAGAAGAAGAACAUGGACAAUGAAGAAUUUUUUGAACCACAAUGGGGGGAACCAGAAGAAGUGGGAAUGUUUGGAAGGUUUGUAGAUCUUGUUGGCGGUUCUCUUCAUCAAACCAGAGUACCAAAAGAUUCGGCUGAGAACUGGCCUGAGUUACCAUUUGUGAUGGAACCUUCAUUCCCAACUCAAGGAAAUUUACAGGUAAUAGUUUAUGUUGACUUAAUUGAACCAAAGUUAAAAACCAAAGCUGUUUUUAUAUCCGAUCAACUAAGCAAUUAG